AUGUAUCUUGACCUUCCGCCGCCUCCUCGACACAUGAGGCUUCCUGGAGAUGACGGCUAUCGAACCCCUACGAUCGAGGAUGCGGAACAAGACCUCUCUAGAAAUGUCUCAAUAGACAGCCAAGGCAAUGCAUUCCUCCAGCCGACAGGCUCAAGGUUACGCGAGGCGCAUUCCUCGGCUUUGGAAACCGCCCGCCAACCUUCUAGCCGCAAAUCUGAGAGAGAUGAUUUGACCAUCACUAGAACUGAAUCCGAAUUUUCUGCUUCUAGGUUGAGUUGGAAGAAGCGGAUACGGCACUUUACGUGGGCGUUCUUUACACUGACAAUGGCGACUGGGGGAAUUGCAAAUGCUCUAUACUAUAUCCCCUAUAGAUUUCGAGGCUUAGAUACGAUUGGGAUUGUCUUUUUUCUUAUGAACAUUGUCUUUUACAUCACUAUUUGGGGCCUACUCCUUACUCGAUUUUAUCUCUUCCCUUACACUUUCAAGGCAUCCUUGUUACAUCCCACAGAGUCAUUGUUUGUUCCGGCGUCGGUGGUAUCGUUCGGAACCAUCCUAAUAAAUAUAUCGCAGUAUGGGACUGACAAUACGGGACCAUGGCUAACACAUGCGGUUUGGAUUAUGUUUUGGAUCGACGCUGCGCUGGCUGUGAUUUUGUCUGCUGCUAUAUACCUGCUCCUAUGGUCAACGCAAACAUUUACCAUUGCCCAGAUGACACCAAUUUGGAUAUUUCCUGCCUACCCUAUGCUAAUUAUUGGUCCCCACGCUGGGCUUCUGAGCUCGAAAUUGGAGCCUUCUCGAUCACUAACGAUUAUAAUUGGCGGCACAGUUAUUCAAGGCGUGGGAUUUUUGGUUUCGCUGAUGGUGUAUUCGGCAUUCAUAUACCGAUUGAUGUCCCAAAAGCUCCCCAAGGAAAAUAUUCGACCGGGAAUGUUUGUUUCCAUUGGGCCCAGCGCCUUCACCGUGGCGGGAAUUGUAAAUAUGGCUGCCAAUGCCAAAAGAUGCUUCCCGGAUGAUUUCAUGGGCGACGGAGCCCUUGCGGCCAGUGUGAUUAAGAUUGUUGUUGAUUUUGCAGCGCUAUGGCUCUGGGGUUUGGCAAUCUUCUUCUUUUUCAUCGCUAGUUUUGCCCACUGGUCAGCUAUCGGACCUGGCCGAAUGGUCUUUACAAUGGGUUGGUAUUCAUUCGUCUUCCCAAACACUGCUCUUAUUACAUCGACAUUUGCGAUCGGCCAUGCUUUUUCCUGCAAGCCUAUUCUAAUUAUCGGGACGGCCAUGGUCAUUCCUCUUUUGCUCAUGUACGCCUUUGUCUCCUAUAUGAUGAUUCGGGCUAUUGUGCUCCAUCAUAUUCUCUGGCCUCAGAAGGGAGAGGAUAAAGAUGAGGGUGGAUUUGAAAUUAGGGAGAUACAACCUGAAUCAGGUGAAGAGACUCCCGUGUAAAGAGCUCUGUUCGUUUGACCGUUUCUCACGACGCUACGACUCGAUUUCUCAUUGCUAUUUGUUUGUCCUGAUACCAACCUUCCCAUUUCACUGCGCGAUAUUGAGGUGUAUAUAAAUGCUGUGAACAUAACACAUGCUGAAGAAUCUAGUAUCUUCGGAGUACACCUUGUAUAGUAAACAGUUAUUAUUGCUCCAGAUCGCUC